GGUUGCUAAGAGACGCUUAGAAGAAGCUAUCAACGUUGACAACAGACACUAACAAACUCAAAACUAGAGCUAAUUUAGCGGCUUUAAUGUCACUAAAUAAUUAUUAUAACGUGUUCGGAAGUUGUCUGCAGUGAUGGUGAAGCUCAGGGCGAAAUGUCUGCUUGUCGGCGAUGCAGCGGUGGGGAAGAGCGCUCUCUCCCACAUGUUCCACAGUGACGGGACUCUCUUCCAGAAGAACUACAGCAUGGUGAGAGCUUUAACUCUGCUGUGGAUCUCUGGGACGACGGGAGUGGAUCUGCUGAUGAAGUGCGUCCACAUCCCGGACUCCGGCGACAGCGUGGAGCUCUACAUCAUGGACUCUGCAGGGAAGCAGACUUUAGUGGAAUCCUGUGAGAAAAUGUGGGGGGAGGUGUCGUUGCUUUGUCUGGUUUUCGACCUCACCAGUGAGCAGUCGUUUGCAAACUGCAGCCACUGGAUGGAGAGAGUCCGAGCGCACUGCAGAAGUCUACACCUUCCAGGUGUCCUGGUGGGCAACAAGUCAGACCUGUCGACCAGAAGGGAGGUCCAGGCAUCCGUGGCUCAGGAAUGGGCCGAAAGCCAGGGCUUGGAGUACCACGAGACGUCAGCUAAGGAGAAGGAGAACUGUGAUGCGCCGCUCCUCGCUUUAGCCCGGGCCUACCACUCUCUGUACCAGGAACGCCGCGAGACCAUCCAGAACCUGGGUCCAGGAUAGACCCCAACCCACACACACACACACACACACACACACACACACACACACACACACACACACACACACACACACACACCUUCAUUCAAAGACACUAUGAGAGCCUGUCAGAAUGGCUUUGAUAUUGUGAUGUGAGUAAAGUAGUUUUUCUACGAUAAUGUGA